GUUGAUUCUUACCCGACUCGGAAAUAAAAACUUCUCCAUAAGUUAUCAACCUUUCAACAAAAUUACAACGAUAUUGACAGUUGCAUUGUCAUUAACUGUAAACGACAAGUGGAAUUGAAUCGUAACUCAUUAGCCGAAUGUAAUUUGAAGCAUUGGUAUUAAUUUAUGUUUCUCCCUUUCAUCGAACUCAUUUGCAUUGGAAAAUGAAGAGAGAUCAUAAUUAUGCUUAAUUAGCUUUACGAGAAAGACAAUUUCUGGUUUGCGUUUAUCGUCUGUGGAUUGAGAAAUGGCGCGAACACUGAGCGGGAUGCCAGCCUGGAUGCCGGGUAUUUCUCGGGCGCGUAACUCCACUCACGCCGUCAAUGCACCACUGAUGGAGUUGCUGGUGUUGCUGAUGAUGUUGUGCCUAUGUGGCUGCCACAUGCCUGGAGCAGAGAUGGGGAAACCUUGCCGUCAUAUUCCUUACGAUGAAGCCAAUGACGACGGUGAUGUCUUCAAGUGGCCUUUGCCGACACCCGACGACCCAUCCCGGUUUCGCCCUAGAGGAAUACCACACUGUCUUGAGGACAUAGAGCAAUGUAAGCAUGGUUUCACAGCCAGCUUCAAUGCAACAGCGGACAUCGAAACCGUCUUUGAAAGUGACGAUGUCAUCGAUUUCGCUCCAAGAUUUGGCAACGUGCUAGACUCCAAUGUCUAUGACCGGGGCUGGAAAAUGCCCGUGACUUUACGCCUGGAGGAGAUGGACUCGAUGCAAAAGAUAGGCGUCUUCAAGGUGCGUGUGAUGACCAACGAUCUGGUUUGGAACGCAGAGUUCAGCUCUCGGCUUGAUCAUCCCAUGCUGGUAGGUGUCACGUGGAGACACGACAUCGGUCUCGAUGUCUAUGUCGACGACAUCUGCGCCGGGUUCGACGACGUACCACAGAAAAUACCAGACGAAGCGGAGACAGAGUCAGGGGAUGCAAUCAGCACUGUCCCAGCGGAUACAUUUCAGUUUGUCGAAUUUUUGAGACCAGCUGGAUCCGCGGCUGAAUUGCUUCUUGAUUUUCAGAGCGAGGAUACGAUCUACACCUACUACUUGGGCUGCCUGGUUGAUACCAAAGCAUCACGUGACCUGUUUACAGAAACGUCGCCGAUACCGCCCAAAGAUAGCACCAUUAAAUCAUGUCGCAUCUCGUGCAGUAUGAUCGCCUCCGCGUACGCCGUAAUUGGUAAGAACCAGUGCAACUGCGUGGAUGACAUUGUCACCCUGGACCAUACACGCAAAUGUGGACAGGUCUGCCAUGGUUAUCGCUCUCUGCCUUGUGGCUCUAUAGACGAAUGGAGUGUGUACUUAACAUCCAGCUUGAUCUCUCCAUCACAAUAUCUACCGGAUGUUAGGCCUGGUGACGCUCCUGUCCUACGUUCACCGCCGUUGGCACAACAUGACCGAUACAGGAGAAGUACAUUGGACGAAGAUACCGAGACGCCUCUUGUUAGGCACCGUAGGAGUGCGAAUUUUAUUAAAGUCGAUAGCAUCGAAGGUCUAGUGAAUACGCUCCUGAAUUUCACGUAUGUCGUACACACUGCCGUACAAACUGACACAUCACAGCUCGCGUGUUUAUGGACAUUCGGCGACGGCACUGUAACGAAGAACCAACAUGACGCCGAACACGAGACGCAGUAUCAGCACCAAUACACACAAGCCGGUGACUUUACAUUCACUGUAGACUGUGGCGACAUAGAAGACUCCGCAUCGGUCACAGUCUGGAGCAGUUUCCAAGGAUUAACAUUCAGUGUUCAACAGCAUGGCACUACGACUACCCUGUCAGAUGUUACUAUACAGGUUACUCUCACUAGUGGAAGCCAGUGGCCAGUUAAAGCAAUGUUCGUUCUCAAUGGACAAGAAAUGGACUUUGAGGAAUCACCAACUACUAGUAACACAUUUGAGACAACCUGGACACCAACUAAAUUUGGAAUUUUUCCCAUUGAUGCAGUUAUAUCAAACAAAUUCGAAGAAGACAUUCCUAUUUCGGUAAACGUAACUGUUGGGGAGGCCAUAUCUGGACUAGCAAUCACGACAUCAGGUUCACUCGGCACAAACCUUCCUAUACAAAUCAUUGUUGAAAUAAGUGGUGGGAGUAAUGUAACUGUCGAUGUAGAUUUCGAUGAUGGAGAUCCUAUUUCCCAACAACUUUUGAUCGAUGAUUACACAUGGAUACGAAGGUACUCAACCCCAGGCACAAAGAACAUCAUCGUCACCGCAUCAAAUGUCUUUGGAACCGACUCAACCAAUACCUCUAUUGAUGUACUCCAAUCCGUCACUGGUCUGCAGCUCUCUCUGACUCCAGAUGUCGUCAAUACAAAUGAAAACAUCAAUGCACAGCUAACUGCAGGAACAGACGUCAUCCCCGGAGUCACAUGUACCAUACAGACUGGCGAUGGGGUAGAGUUCGUUAAAAGCGACACCAUACUGGAUAGCACCUUCGAGUUUUCUGUAAACUUCAACUACUCGCAAGAGUUCCUCAACCCUGUCAAAGUAUCAGCAACCUGUUCAAAUGCCUUCAGCAACCAAACAGUUGAGAAAUACGUCGUGGUAGGUAAAGUGGUGAAAAAUUGCUCUAUUAUCGCUCCUGAUGCACAGGAGGUAGGGGAAAACAAAGAAACAGUCAUCGUUGUUGAAGGUGGCAAUUCCCUUGAAAUUCAAGUAAACUUUGGCGAUGGCGAUGUUGUAACCUUUGAUUCCCAAUUCCCGGGUGACCAAGCGGUCAAUCAUUCCUUCAAUGCAGCUGGAGUAUAUAACGUCACCGCCACAGUCACCAAUGCCAUAUCAUCCGGAAUUGAGUGCUCAACGGAAAAUGCUACAAUUAUAGUACAGGAAAGUGUUCCACCCGCUGACCAGUUUACCCUCAGCGCCUCUCCUCAGGCGAUUGACCUGACCAUCGAAAACCAAAUUAACUUCACUUUGACACUGAACUCGGGACAAAGCAUUCGCGGAGAUACUUAUGUCACUUUCUUGUUCUCUCAGCAAUGUACGUGCAGUCUUUCAAUGAAGCUCGAAAACCAUGCGACACUUACUGGGGCUAUCUACAACAUAAGUGGAUCCUACAUCGUCACGGCAGUGAUUUCCAAUAGGGUCAGCUCUGUCAUCAAACAAAUACAGGUGGGAGCGAUGUAUCAGCUGAAUGAAUUUUCUGUUAGUGUAUCUGAACCAGCAUUGCUUGUCGGGGAUGUCGUGGAAUUUACAGUCGUGCCUGUUAACGGAACUGAAAUAAUGAUAAACGUAACUUGGGAUGAUGGUAGCCAAGAGAACAGCUAUCUCACAUCAGCGACAUCUGUUACAUUUAAUCACACAUAUAGCAGCCCUGGAGACUACGAAGUAUGUGGACAAGCAUUUAAUGCGCUAUCACUCAGUAAAGCACCACAGUGUGAGACGAUACAAAUCCUGCACCCGGUUCAAGGAUUAACAUUUGGUAUAAAUACUCCUCUUGUACUAGAUGAUACUGCUGAGUUUGAGAUUGGGCUUCAGCCGGGGUUACCCUAUCCUUCACAUAUGAAUUGUAUCAUAGAUCUGGGUGAUGACGCCACUACUUUAAUGGUAAACGAAGGAGAUCUAUCUGCAUUUCCUGUAAAUGUAAAAUGCGGGUACACUCCAGCGGUGAAGAAUUAUCUGGCCACAUUGAACUGUCACAAUGUCCUAGGAUCGUCCAACCUUACCUUGGCAGUGACUGUGAGAAAGCCAAUUUCACAGAUAUUUCAACUGACCUUGACUGAGUCGUUUUAUUGGCUAACCGAAGCUCUGGUUGAGUAUACAUUAUCUGUUACCACCGGUGAAGACAUUCCUGUGGGGUACGCAGAUUUUUAUUGGGACUUUGGAGAUGGAAACUACUCACAGGAGAACAAGAUCAUGCUAGAUAGUAAUGAAGUCAAAAGGAACAGAUUCACUGUCGAGGGGCUUUACAAAACAAAUCUAACGAUAUCUUACGGCUUGUGGAGUGGUAUUUUGACAGCAACACUGUCAGUAGCCGAAAAACGCAGUUGGGAAGUUUUGACCAAAUAUUUCGGCGGUGCAAGUGAUGGUCAGUAUGGAGGUGGUCAGAAUGAAACUUGGUUUUAUGAAGACCAGCUACUUCGAUUUACCCCAGAACCUCUUUAUGAUGACACACAUUACACAUGGAAAUAUAGUGUAGAUCAACCAUCGACCACUAUACGCGAAUUUGAUCAUGAAUUUGAAACGACAGGUGUGUUCGCCGUUACUGUUGAAGCCAGUUUCCCAUUAUACAGCGAUAAUCUUGUAACGUUUGUCCAUAUCGUGUCACCAUUUACUUUUGAGGAUAUCGACAUUGUAGACUCUGGAAAUAGAAAUUUGAAGCUGAAGGCGUACAGCAAACUCAACAUAACACUUAUGGGUACAGAUAUGUACUCACCUCUAUGUAUCCUUUGGAUGUUCUGCAAUGAAACAAUUUACUUUUCUGGCCCACCGAACUGCUACAACGCUCCUUAUGCCAGCGGUGGACCAGGUGUUGCAUGGACAACGGACACACAAUUGCUGACACAUGUUGAGUUCAACACACCGGGAAUAUUUAAUUUAACCGUUGUUGUGACAAAUAACAUGGACUCGGACGACUCUACCAUCACUUUGUUGAAAACAAUCACUAUAGUCGGAUGCACUGGUCCACCCGAAGUAGAAAUAAGAGGAGAUGGUGGGACCCAAGAACAACCUAAAAAAUAUCUACGCUCAGAACAGAUCAAUUUAGCGUCCACCGUGAGGCUCAGAUGUUACGGACUUGAGGAAACGCCCCAGUUUCAAUGGUCAACGAAGAUGAUAGAUGACCUGAAUGGGACAUUUACUGAUUUGGAUAACGAAGCUCUACCAGAUUACACUUUUCCACCUCUGACGUUUGCAGUGGCACUAUACAACCUGACCAUGACGGUUACAGUAACAGAAACGAGCCCACCACUCUCAGGAAUCGAUUAUGUAUACAUGCGCAUUGUCAGUACACCACUCAUUGUCGUCAUUAGCGGUGGCACCGCCAGGACUGUCAACGGUCAAGAAAACAUAACGUUCAAUGCUACGGAGUCUCAAGACCCCGAUGAAGAGCUUGGUGAUCAGGACCUCAGCAAAUGGAACUUCACAUGGAGUUGCUACAGAGAGGAUAAUGGUGUAACUCCCGUUCCUACGGUCGAUCCUACGGGUGAAUCGAUUUGUGAAUACUCUAAAGCUGAUGAACACACAGUUCCCGGGGAAACGAAGUCGCUCUUUACUAUUGGAGCCCUAAGACUUGAUGCCACUUACACCAUCAAAGUGACCGCCAAUCACGCCGACGGAAGGUUAGGAUCGUAUGAACAGGCCAUAACAACGGUACCAGGAGACCCAGUUCAGGCUAAAAUUGACUGCAUUCAGAACUGCCUGAAGAAGGUUAAUCCGACUUCACUAGUGGCCUAUCAGGCAUCUUGUCUCAACUGUGCCACUCAGAAUGCAACGUUCCGGUGGGAGAUGAAGAUUGGUAUGGAGACCCGAGAGGAAGAAGACCUUGCAGCAAAGGCUGACACAGAUUUAACCAAGAGUGGACUGGUGAUAAGGGCCAAUGUCUUGGAGAGUGGCAAGUUCUAUUACGUCAGGGUGUAUGUGGAGGAGCCAGGGCUGCUCGAAGGCUUCACAGAGGUCUACUUCUACACGAACCUGCCUCCCUUCGGAGGCAAUUGUAACAUCGAACCAAGAACGGGGACAGCUCUGAAUACAGAUUUCACCGCAACCUGUAAAGACUGGAAAGACGAAGGGGAUGAGGCCGAAUUCACCGAUGAUCCUUUACCUUACGUUCCCUUACUCAGAUACAGAAUACAAUACAGGCCCCAGGGAGAGGAGGCAUACUCACAGCUCGUGCCAGCUGGAGAAACGGGAAUAAUUAAACAAUUAAAGUUUUCCAUCGGUCCAGAAGCUUUCAACUAUACAUUUGAGAUUCUGUUCACAGUCCUGGACAAGUUUGGAGGAAUGGACCAGGCAAAUACGACAAUUCAAGUUAUCCCAGGCGUGGCGACCAAGGAGGGACUAGUUGAUCUCUUCGGUACUGGAGGGGACAUUGACACUUUUCUCCAGUCUAAAGAUCCAGAGGCCGGCAUGCGCUACCUCAGUGCCGUCAUAUCGGUGGCAGAUGGUGCUGCUCUGGAUGUGGCGGACACAAUAUUGGUAAAGGAUAAGACGAUGAAUGUGUUGACCAACAUGAGUGGUCUGGCCAAAACAUCGGAUAACAUCAACUUGGCCGCGGACACGUUCAGUACCCUCUACGCCAAGUCUCCCCCGCCCAGUGGCUAUUUAGCUAUGAAUGCGGCUACAGCUUUAGGGGAAAUGACUGGUAAUUAUGCCGACAUCAAAUCAAGUAGCGCAGAUGACAUCAAAAGAACAGGUGAUUCACUCAUUUUCGCAUGCGGAAACAUGUUCACAUCAACAUUACCCUCCACGUCUACGAAUUCAUCGUCAGAAACGACUCCUACGACAGUUUCACCCCAAGACGAAGAAGAACAAAUAAAAGAGGCGAAAUAUGAGGCCAAAUUACUGAGCUCUAUGUUACUGGAUGUCAUCGAAGUAUCCAGCGAUAUGAUCCUGUCCAAGCAGGUAGCCGGUCAGGAAGCAGCCGUCACGAUGAGCAGUACGCUCCAAGUUCGCAGUCAAGUCAAUGCUCCUGAGGACAUCGGAACAGGGGAUGAACCUAUUGCACUGGGAGGGGUCACGAUCGGGCUUCCACCAGCCUUCGACUUCUUUGGGGAGGAAAUCGGACAGAACCUUCUUGCAAUGAAAGUCGUCGACUUUCCUGAGUCCAAUCCCUUAAGCUACGGCGGAGGCAGUGGUGACAUCGGGUCAGGUGUCACUACCAUCGAGUUCCAGACAGCAAAUAAAAACAAAUUGGUAGUCUCGGGCACCAAGGAACCCAUCAGCCUCACCAUGAAGACAAACACGGCGCCCCCUGAGACGGAGGAGAUACGAGCCAACAUCUCCCAGAAGUCCCCGAUGUCCUACCACCGGUUCAACAUCACCAAACCCGAUCAAGACUUCCGAGCGAUCAUCCGAAGCGACAGUACGAUGCUAUGGGUGUUCGCCAAGCUGCAGUCCGCUCCUCUCGAUACCAGUUACGAUGUGGUCAAGCGGUUGCCACGGGUCAUCAAUGGAACUGAAGGUUUGGAGGAAUCCUCGACAGAAGAGAUCAGCAACACGUUUGUUCUCACCAAGGAAGAGCACUGUGGAAAUGGGUCAUACGUCAUUGGCAUCAUGCCUGCAGGUUCUGAUGAGGAAUUUGAGUUGCUGAAUUCGACGACAACGCAGUGUUCUGGUGAGGCUGUUGGGGUGCAACUUCCCAGCGAAGAAAACACCACGUACAUCGAGCUUGCCUACAACUUCAGUACCUAUGUCUCGUCCUGUAUAUUCUUCGAUAGUGAGACGGAGGAAUGGAAGAGUGACGGUUGUUGGACCGGUAUUAAGACAACUAGCAGAGAUACGCACUGUUUAUGCAAUCACCUGACAUCCUUUGCAGCCUCUUUUUUCGUUCCACCCAACAAGAUUGAUUUCAGCACGGUAUUUGACAAGAAUAUUCUGGAUAACUUUGCUGCCAUGGGAACCAUCAUCGGCUUCACGUCAGCCUAUCUUCUCCUCCUCAUCUAUGCCAGGAGGAAAGACAAACAGGACAUCAUCAAAUGGGGCGUAACUCCUCUGAGUGACAACCACCCAUCGCAUACCUAUGGGUAUCAGGUUACCGUGGAAACGGGAGUAAGACCAGGAGCUGGGACCAAAUCUAAUGUUGGUAUCAUAAUAUCAGGAGAGGAUGCAGAUACCGGAGCGAGAGUGUUGGAUGAUCCUAAACGACCUAUAUUUCAAAGUGGUAGCAUCAACAGUUUCUUGAUGACGACAGCCGGACCUCUGGGUCUCCUCGCCUAUGUUCGAAUCUGGCACGAUAACUCGGGUGGAGGGGGACAAGCCGGCUGGUUCCUGUCCAAGGUAGCGGUCAUGGACCUACAGACAGGCAAAGAGUUCUUCUUUCUAUGUGAGCAGUGGCUUGCUGUUGAACAGGGUGAUGGUGACGUAGAUAGGACAUUGUUUGUAGCCAGCAAGAAAGACUUGACUCAGGUCGGGCAACUCGUCUUCACAAGCGGGCGAAAGAACCUGUCCGACCAGCACUUGUGGUUCUCCCUCUUCAGUCGCCCAACAAGGAGUUCAUUCAAUCGAUGCCAGCGACUGUGUUGCUGUAUUACCCUCCUGUACACCUCCAUGAUAGCCAAUGCCAUGUUUUACAAGACAGAGACAACGGCUGCGAACUCACAGGCAAUCAUUAUUGGACCAAUUACGGUUACGCCUCAACAGAUCUCUAUAGGUUUCAUAAGCUCUCUGAUCGUGAUGCCUGUCAACCUAAUCAUAGCCCUAUUCCGGAAGGCGCGACCCCUUGACCCCGAUGCACCUGACCCCUUAAUAGCCCUUAUCCGGAGAAUCUUCACCAUGAAGAAGAAGAGAAAGGAGAAGUCCAUCGAACAGUUGAGCUUUGAGGAAAAACGCCAUGAUAUGGCCAUAUCUGAAAAGCAAGUAGAGGUUGAAGUAGGAGUAGGUCAACCUCCACCCGAUCCUUCAUCUGACCCAUCACCAGCUGAGCCCAGUGCUGCUGCCAUAGCCGCCAAGAAGAAGUACCCUCUACCCCACUGGACCAUCUACAUUGCCUACGCCCUGGCAUUUGUGGCAUGCUUCAUAUCAUGUUUCUUCAGCGUAUUGUACAGCUUAGAGUGGGGUAAGGAGAAAGCAGAGGAGUGGCUAAAGUCCAUGGUUGUGUCUUUCUUCAGCUCGGCAUUCAUCAUCCAACCAGCGAAGGUGAUAGUCAUUGUUUUUAUAGUGUCCAUCAUCUUCAAGAAACCUUCGAAAAUGAACGAUGCCGAUGCUGAAGGUCUCAAAGACAAAACAAUCAACAAACUUCAGACGGAUGAAGAGUAUCUCCAUGAGGACUCGCUGACUGCAGGGAAAGUCCCUGGCUACUCCAUACGACCCAAGACUGCGCCAACCAAGCAGAUCUUGCAGGAGGCUCGCAAGGAACGUCUUCGAGACAUGCAGGUGUCGGGCGUGAUACGGGACGCUUUCUUGUACGCUCUCUUCUUGAUGGUGGUCCUGUACCUGGCCUACAUCAACAGAGACCCUCAAGCCUUCCUUAUGUCUGAAACGAUCAGGAAUACAUUCGUGAGAGAUAGCAUCGACUACCUUGUGGAUGGGGUAGAACCGGUGACUUUCGGCGCCCUGUCACAGAGCACGCCUGAUGAAUUCUGGAACUACAUUGAACAGACCCUUAUACCAGGUCUCUACGGUUAUAAGUAUUACAAUGGAGAACAGAUGCAUUGGAGGGAUACAAGAUUCCUGAGAGAUUGGCAGAGCUAUCGAGUGGGUCCUGCAAGGCUUCGGCAGCUCAGGGUAAAGCCCUUGCCUUGCGAGGUAAAUGGAAGAAUGGAGAACGCGGUCCAGGACUGCACCUUGGACUACUCUUGGUCCAAUGAAGAUGAAGGAGUGUUUGCUGCAGACUGGACCUAUACCUGUGACCCUGGUGAUGACAAUAUCCCUAAUUAUGCUUUCUACGAAGUGGAUGAAACCAGACCUUGGCGCUAUCAAACGGCCGUAGAUCUCUAUGGUGUCCCCUAUCAAAGCAACCUGUUUAUCUACGGAGGUGGUGGCUUCGUCGCCGAGUUCGGACUGGAACGCGAACAAGCGAUGAACACAUCGCGGUACCUUCGGGACCACGGCUGGUAUGACAAGUACACCCGAGCAAUCUUCAUCGAAUUCACGGUGUACAAUGCCAAUGUCAAUCUGUUUAGUGUGGUGACUUUACUGGUGGAAACACCAACGUUUGGUGGAGGGGUGCCCUCCAACUUGGUCCACACCUUCAGACUCUAUCAAUACUCGGGAGGACUCCUCAUUGUAGCAGUGGCCUUUCAGGGCAUAUUCGCUGUUUAUCUUCUUUACUUCUUGGGUCAUUUCAUCUACCGUCUCAAGAAAGAAGGGAGGAAAGAACUGAAGAACUUCUGGAUGAUCCUAGAGGGCAGUAUGCUCCUCUUUGGAAUUCUAGCAGCUGCCAUGUUCAUCAUGAGACAAAUAUUUAUUUAUUUCACUCUCCAAGAAGUCAAGAAGAAAGAUGAAGGAGGUUAUGUGAAUUUCAACCACAUUGCCAAGUGGGAUCAAAUCUUUGGCUACCUCCUGGCCACCCUGACCUUCCUAUCCAUCCUGCGCUUCAUGCGUGCCCUACGCUUCAGUGCAAGGGUCACCCACGUCGCUUUCGCUCUACAGAGGGCUUCGAAGGACAUGCUCUACUUCCUGUUCAUGUGGUGCAUCAUCGUGAUUGCCUUUGCUCUGUGGGGCUAUGCUGUCUUCAGUAGGUCCGUCUUCACCUUCCACACAUUCCAGGCCGUGUUGGAAUCGUUGCUUGGCAUGAUGAUAGGUUCCUUUGACUUCUACGCCUUGUCGUCCGUGGAGGCUGUCAUUGGUCCUAUCUUCUUCACUCUUUACAUCUUUGCAGCGUACUUCAUGUUGGCUAACAUGCUCAUCACAAUCAUUGUAGAGGCUUUCGCUAAGUCCAAAGAGGAUCCGGAAACAACCGCCAACACGUUCCCAAUAGGUCGGCACAUGAUGAAAAGGUUCAAGAUGCGGAUGGCCAGCUAUGGUAUCGGGUCUAACUCUGUGGGGCCAGCUCCUAAGAAACAAGCCGACAAGAAUGCAGAUGACAAGGAUAAAGAGGAUGGUGCAGAAGGCGAUGACCCAGAUUACCAGGACAUGAUGCAAACAAUUGAGACGCGAGUUGAUCAGCUGGUCUUAUUUGUCAUCAAGAACUAUGGUGACGGUAAGAGUGCACCAAUGGGCAGCAAGGCUACCCUUAGUACCUUUGAAGCUAUGGUCAAGAAAGACAUAGAGACGGUCAAGCAAAGGAAGACCCGAACCAUCAUGAUCACCUAGAUGUCCGAAACAUCAGGGUCACCUUGCUGUCUGUAAAUUCAAUCGUUUUUUAGUAAAGUAAGGGAAUUAAAAAGACUGACUUUAUUGACAGGUUACUGUAAGGUGGACAGAAAUAAAAAUCAUUUAAACAUACUAUUCUCAAUGACAUCUGCUAGUAUUUCGACAUUAAUGUCAAAGGAUCUUCAACCUGAAAAAUUAAAAGUUUUGUUAUUGGGAUGCUCCAAAAUGGAGCUGUGGUUUUAUGAAGUGAUCAUGACCAAAAGACAGAAGGUUAAUUUCUAGGCCUUGCAAGUGCAAAUGGUGAAGUUAGAAUAAAUCAGAGUCUGUUAAUAUGAUCAAUAUGUGCCAUAGAAUAUUCAGAUGACUCUAUUUCCAGUAAUAGGAUUAUCAUAAAUGGAGAUUCUUUAAGGUCAUA